GCGGCGGCCGCUCAGUACAACACACGCCGCACCGGCGUAGCCUCAUCUCCCGAAAAGACCAUCCACAAUAAUAAACUAAAAUCACUUACCAUAAACUUUUUUAAGAAUAAAAGGAGUUGGCAGUAUUGACUUAUCCCCGUAAUGGGGCAUACUACAGCAAAAUGGUGUGCAACGACGCUCCUGCUAUGCGUAUCUGCAUUUGCGUCUCCACGUACAUCAAGCAAUUCCUUCAUCAGAAGCGCAGUAGAAACUAUCCCACAGCAUGACCCCAUUCCUGUACCCAUUCGUGCAUCAGUCGAAAGUAUUCCACUUAGGAGCAUACGGGAUGAAGGUGAAGGAAGACUACCUCUAAGAGAUGCGGUCGAAAAGCGACCGAUACCCGUAUUAAAUGCAGAAUAUAACUACAAAUUAUUGGGGGACGUGGAACGUAUUAAUAAUGCAAAUGGUUUUAAUACCGAAGGAUACAAACAAUAUUAUGGCGCAGCCAGUUUUCUUAACAACGCCACACAUAGUGAUGAGCGGCUUCAUUUAGGCAAUGCGAACUUACAAGAAAUGCAGCAAACUUCUGGGGUUGGUGCUGUUCGUCGAUUAGUUGUUUGCUACAUCGAAUCGUGGGCAGCUUACAGAGCUCCACCGUUGGCUUUCACGGCCAGCUUAGUGCCACGAUCUUGUACGAACCUUCAUUAUGCUUUCGCUUCAAUGCACCCACACACAUAUUCAGUCUUGCCCGCUAACGAAGACUUCGAUGUUAUAAAAGGAGGGUACCGCAUUGCGACUGGACUGAAACGUCAUAUACCUGGAUUGAAGGUUAUUUUGAGCGUUGGUGGUGAAGGCUCGGAUCGUUUGUUUAGUGAGAUGGUACAGGAGCCUGUGAGGAGAAACAUGUUUAUCGAAAGUGCCUUAUCAUUUUUACAAGAGCAUGAUUUUGAUGGGCUCGAUUUACAUUGGGUGUAUCCAGGUGAAAAGGAUGAAAAAGAAAAAGAUCUGGUAACAACUUUAUUAUACGAGAUCAGAGAGAAGUUCUCUUCGUAUGGCUAUUUGCUAUCGACAGUUUUGCCGCCGUUUAGAUAUCAAAUAGAAGACGGCUAUGAUCUGAGUGCUGUGAGUGGGGCAACGGAUUAUACUAUACUACAAGCGUGGGAUAUGACGCACGGGAGACGGGAGGAACCUCCUGCCAAAGCUGUUCAACACAGCGCUCUACAUAGAGACCCAGGCGCUACAUCACGGGAUCAGCGAUAUGACAAUAUUGAAUUUAUGGUAAAAUAUAUCCUGCGACACGGAAUGGCCCCAGAAAAAUUGGUGCUGGGUGUACCGCUUUAUGGUCGCAGUUAUACUUUAGCACCAUCGACAAAUCCUUAUCCGGGAGCCCCCAUCGAUGGAUGGGGAGAAGAAGGACCAUACACUCAAACGAAGGGACUUCUAGCUUAUUUUGAGAUAUGUAUGGCUGAACGCGAAGGUAAAGGCGUAAGCGGUGUGGAUGAAGCUGGUAACGCUUACGCGGUUUUCGAUAAUCAGUGGGUGACAUACGAUACCCCAUCAACGAUCGUUGAUAAGAUGAAAUACGUCAUAAGUAGUGGAUUAGCUGGAGCUGCAGCGUGGGCGGUCGACAUGGAUGACUUCAGAGGGUUAUGCGGUUCACCAUUCCCAAUUCUAAGUGCAAUUUCUAAAACAUUAAACGGGGAAGAAGUACAAACUGACCAAUCGACCCUUAAAAUCGGAUCGUGCGACUCAAAUGCUCCUUACUUAGCUUCCGACGAGGAGUCGUGUGCCCACUUUCAUUUCUGCACAGGAGCUAUUAGUUAUAGAAUGUCCUGUGAAGAUGAUCGUUUAUACGACCCUUCCACCGGUUACUGCGGGCACCAGGAUGUAGGUAAAUGCCUCCCAGGACAAAGUUUGCGAAUCAGUGUGGAAGAUGCAGCUCGUUAUCUGUCACAUGUUUAUGAAACAGACUUCGAGUGGAACAAUGAACCUAUGAAAGCAGUGGCCAAUCGAGACUCAGAACGCCUGACUUCAGACGAUGUAGAUAUUAAGAAAAAUAAGGAAAACGACAACAAAGUGGUGUGCUAUAUGACCAGUUGGGCCUUUUAUCGACGUGGCGACGGAAAGUUUGUACCCGAACAAGUGGACACACGUCUGUGUACUCACGUUGUAUACGCAUAUGGCUCACUGUCCCCUGAUGAACUUGUUGCCAAAGAAUUUGAUCCUUGGGCUGACAUAACCAAUAAUUUGUACGAACGUGUCACAUCACUCAGAGAUGUUAAAGUCCUCCUUGGUUUAGGAGGAUGGACAGACUCAGCAGGAGAUAAAUAUUCUCGUUUGGUAUCUUCAGAUUCAAAUCGAUCUAAGUUCAUAACGAAACUAAUACCAUUCCUUCGGAUGCACAACUUUAAGGGCCUCCACCUGGAUUGGAACUAUCCCGUUUGCUGGCAAAGUAAUUGCAAGAAAGGUGCUCGUUCUGAUAAAGCAAAUUUUGCUAAAUUUGUACAAGAAUUAGCGAAAGCAUUACACGGUGCCGAAAUGGAACUAGGAGUCGCAAUCUCUGGUUACAAAGAGGUCAUUGAAUCAGCGUACGAUUUAGCAACAAUAUCGCGUGAGGCCGAUUUUCUAAGCGCUAUGACAUAUGAUUACCACGGUGGUUGGGAGAGAACUACCGCUCAUCACACGCCCCUGAUUCCAUCGCCCAAAGACGCAUUAUCGUAUUAUUCUAUUGAGUAUGCAAUCAAAGCGAUAAUUAGCGGUGGUGCCGAUCCGAAGAAAUUGCUCCUCGGCUUAUCGUUCUACGGUCAGUCCUACAGAUUAGCGGACGUGGAAAGCACCAGCGGACCCGGGGCACCGGCCGCCGGCCCUGGCGAACCUGGGGAGUUCACCAAGCAGCCCGGAAUGUUGGCCUAUUACGAAGUCUGCUAUAGAGUGAAGAAUUUGCGUUGGAAAACGGGACGACAGACAAACGCAGGACCUUACGCCUAUUCAGACAAUCAGUGGGUCGGAUAUGAUGACCCGAAGUCUAUUACCGAAAAGGUGGAAUGGGCGAUGCGUCUGGGACUGGGCGGCGUGACCGCUUGGGCGAUAGACUUGGACGACUCCAGUAACCGAUGUUGCGCAGAGCCGUACCCGCUACUACGAGCCGCUGGCCGUGCUCUCGGCCGUUCUGUGCCUUCGCCGCCCACCACGCCCUGCGAACGGCCGCCCGAGCCUGUCACUCCCGCUCCCCCCACUACUACCCCUGCAGAGUCCGAUGGUGGAGCGCACGGUGAUCACGGAAGUCACGACCAUCAUACCUCCACGACCUGGCCAAGCUGGAAUCCAACCACUACAAAACCAACCACUACAAAACCGACCACCGCUCAAACCUGGUGGC